CCAAAAAUCCUGAACACCCUUUGCACCUACAUGCAGCAGAGCACCCACAGGCCCUUCCUGCUCCGGGCGGUGUUUCUCCUCGCCCGCUUUCACCGGGAGCCCCUCAUCACCAGCCUCCUCCGGAAAGGUCCACCCAUGGACAGUGACACAGUGGAGCUGUGGAGGAGCCUGGGGAGAAGCACCAUUGGGAUUCAGGUCCUGAGGUGCUUAGUGGAGAAACUAAACAGAGCAGGAAACAACCGCCUGUGGACUCGCUUUCCCGCUUGGGAGCGGCACAACCGUCAGACUGCUCUGGAGACUCUGACGAUCACCCGUGCCAUCUCCGAGGUGGUGCUUGCCCUGAGGAGCACGGAGGAGCUCAGGCAGCUGCUUCCCCACCUCCUUCGCAGCCUCCUGAGGUGGGCCAGUGAAACGCUGGGCAAGGAGAGGCUCCUUUCCCCCAGGAAUGGCUGGAGGCAACUGUUCCUUGAGGGCCAGGUGCUUGAGGAGAAGCCAUGCAGGAUUUUCCUUUUGGCUGUAGAGUUGGUGCUAGGCAAAUGCAUGGCACAGACAUGGAUGCAGCUGCUCAUGCGUCAGGCAGUGUGGGCUCGCCUGGAAGACCCCCUGGCUCACCCUGAGGGGUUGCGUCUCUUGAGAAGCGUCCUGCUCCAGGCUGGGCUUGUCUCCCCCUCUCUGGUGAAGAGCCUCUUGCCACGGCUGCGUUCCUGA